UCAAAUAAGAAAGUGUUGCUUGAAGAUUUUAGAGUACUGUAUAUGUGUAUAAGUAGAAUAGUUUUGUCACAGUCAAAAGAUUUUGGGAUCUUGGAGUGAGAAACCUCGGUGUAAUUCCUAUUUCUCUGCCAUUCCGUAUGUCAUGUGGAGUAAGUGUCAACUUCUCAGUCUCAAGAUUCUCAUCCUUAAAUGGAAUACUUUUUGUCAUGCUAUUUUGAAGACAAAAUGAGAUAAUAUGUGAAACUGCCUAGCUCAGUGACUGGUACAUCAUGGAUACUCAGAAAAAACACACCCUCUAAAAUAAGAACAGUACCAAAAGACAGGAUGUAAAAUAAGGGCAGUGCCAAAAGACACAUGCAUGCUGAGUGUGUGAGAAAGAACUCCAUGGCCUUCCUGGGUGGCGCAGGCCAUGGCAGUUCCACAGCAUGACGUGGUUGCUGUGGGCGGUAGAGCAGACAUGCCGCUCCCCAUCACUGCCUGGCUUUGAUGCUUUCUUGCUUCAGCUGAGAGGACACAGCUGUGAUACAAAGACCUUGUGUGUACAGUCAUGACCUCACAUUUUCAGUUUCCUGCUGGCAGAGCCCACAAUCUCCAAUGUACGAGCACCAGAGUUGGCCUGAGACAGACAGCAUACAGAGGCUUGUAACAUCCUUCUGGAAAACACUGUGUAAGCUUUCAGUACGAAUAAACAUGAUCAGUGGUAAGUUCUGUCAGAUGUAGUCUGCAACCAUCCUGAUUUUACUGAGCAAGCUAUGUUGAUUUACAGGUGGCUGAUGAUUCCGUGGAUAGUCCACUGCUAGUAUUUUUUACAAAUUUAACAAGACAUUCUUACUGGAAGAUUGCCCUGUUCUUACGAUACUGCUGCCCUUUUUCCUUCAUUUGCUGUUCAGACUAAACUUGGAGACUACAGUCAGUCAGAGAACUUGCUAGACCACCUCUCAGGUUAUUCUUUCAUUCCUGAUCAUCUUCAAAAUUUUGAAAAAGAAAUUGUAAAAAUGACAUCAGCCACAUAUAGGCUUAUGUCCUUGAGAAGCAGAAGUUAAUUACCUAAACACAGCAAGUACCUUAAACUCGGUGGAGUUGAAUUCCACUAUGCAAGGAAUCAAAGUAACAAUGAAAUUAUGAUUGGAAUGACAUCAAGAGGAAUUCUGAUUUAUAACAGACUACGAAUGAGUACCUUUCUAUGGUCGAAGAUUGUAAAAAUUUGUUUUAAGUGCAAACAGUUUUUUAUUCAGCUUUGAAAAUGGCUUGCAUAAAUCUGGAGAAAGAUUAUCAGGAUUUAAUAUGAUGAAUUGUAGAGCAUGUAAAUGUUUGUGGAAAGCAAGUUUAGAACAUCACAUAUUCUUCUGUUUGGACAGACCACUUCCAACUAGAAAUAAUUUUUUUGCAUAUUGUUUUACAUUAGGUUCAAAAUUCCUAAUGCACCGUGGGAGAACUGAAGUUCAGUUAGUUCAGUAUGACAAAGAAAAGGCAAAUAAAGACAGACUACUUGCAGGAUCCUCAAGUAAGCCAUUGACGUGGAAAUUAAUGAAUUGGGAAGUAGUAAGCAGGAAUUCAAUAUCUGAUGAAAAGAUUAGAAAUGUAAAGCCUUCCAUCACAGCUGCCACCUGGAACAGGAAUUCCUACUCAUCAAAAUUUUGCAUUCACACAAGAGGGAACCUGAUUAUGACCAUCUUCAGUUGGUCAUUUGGUAGAUUAUGUGGUUCACACUUUUUCCAAAGUAUUUGCAAAUCAGAGAUCACCAUUAUCAGCACAAGCUGAUAGCAUCACUCUGGAAUCAUCACCAUUAGAGGACACCCCUGAGAUGGGUAGUCUCCGGCUUUACCACCCAAACAAUCUAAGAAAAACAGUUGGAACCAAAUUCAUUAUUUACAUUUCCAACAAGAUCUGGAAGAUCAUAUUAAUGAAACAUUGAUGUUACAUCUUCUCUUAAAAAAUCUACUCCUAAUGGUGGUGUUCUACAUGAUCAUCUUGUUCUAAUCAGAGUGAACCUGAUGAAAAUGGAAAGUAUGGAGUCAAUGUAAAGGGGAAUAUGAUCAGAAGAUGUCUGUGAUCGUGUCCUGAGAAGCACCAGGAACACCUUUGAACUCGGUGACCCUCAAUUGAAGAGAAGGCCUGGUUGUAUUGAUCAGUGUUUGGGACUUUACAGACACAUCCAUGAUUGAGUUGUCCUGCUUAUUAAAGCUAACUGUGAGAGACAUUCUGGGGAACUCAGGCUUCUAGUUCUACCUAUGCUGCAUAUGAUGUAGUGGAAGAAGUGCUAGAAAACGGGACAGACUUCCAGUACAUUCUGGAGAAAGCCCCACUAGAUAGUGUCCACCAGGAUGACCAUUUCCUGUGGGAGUCAGUGAUCCAGCUAGCCGAGGGAUUACCGCUGGAACAUUCUGGACACAAUUUGAUCAGCUUAUCAAAAAAAAAACUUGGAAUGACAGUGUCUGGUGCCAGGUUACCUUAGAACCUUUCCAAAAAUAGAUACAGAGAUAGUUUGCCUCAUGAUACUACAUGGAUUAUUUUAAAAGGUAAUGAAGACUACAUCAGUGCAAUUCCAGCAUUGUAAGUCAGAACAGUGCUUGUCAAGGGGCGUUACCACACACUUGAACAGAUUUUUGGCAGAUGACUUAGGAACAAGUCUUCUCUAUGGUUGUAAUGUUGACCACACAAGUUGAAUGUGGCAGAGUUAAAUGACCCCAAUAUUGGCCAGAACCCACAGGAAGUUCAUCCUAUGGAUGCUACCAAGCCUUCUGCCACUCAGAAGAAGGAAGCACUGCCUUUAUCUUCAGGAAGAUCACACUGCUGUUUAACCAAGAGAAAAAUGAGAGAGUCAUCAGUCACUCAGAUCCAGUACAGAGGUUGGCCUGACCAUGGAGACCCUGAUGAUUCAAUGACUUUCUGGAUUUUGUUUUUCAUGUGCAAAAUAAGAGGGCUGGCAAGGAAAAACUCCUUGUUGUUUCUUGCAGUGCCAGAGUUGGAAGAACCAGCAUUCUUAUUACUAUGGAAACAGCCAUGUGUCUCAUUGAAUGCAGUCAGCCAGUUUGUUCACUAGACAUGAUAUUGCUAUAUGGAGAUUUGCCAAAAAAUAAAGAAAAUAUAAUAUAUUUAGCAAAUCAUCAAAGCACAGUUGACUGGAUUGUUGCUGACAUCUUGGCCAUCAGGCAGAAUGCGCUAGGACAUGUGCGCUAUGUGCUGAAAGAAGGAUUAAAGUGGCUGCCAUUGUAUGGGUUUUAUUUUGCUCAGCAUGGAGGAAUCUAUGUAAAGCGAAGUGCCAAAUUUAAUGAGAAAGAGAUGCGAAACAAGUUGCAGAGCUAUGUGAACGCAGGAACUCCAAUGUAUCUUGUGAUUUUUCCAGAAGGUACAAGGUAUAAUCCAGAGCAAACAAAAGUCCUUUCAGCUAGUCAGGCAUUUGCUGCCCAACGUGGCCUUGCAGUAUUAAAACAUGUGCUGACACCACGAAUAAAGGCAACUCACGUUGCUUUUGAUUGCAUGAAGAAUUAUUUAGAUGCAAUUUAUGAUGUUACGGUGGUUUACGAAGGGAAGGACAAUGGAGGGCAGCGAAGAGAGUCACCGACCAUGACGGAAUUUCUCUGCAAAGAAUGUCCAAAAAUUCAUAUUCACAUUGAUCGUAUCGACAAAAAAGAUGUCCCAGAAGAACAAGAACAUAUGAGAAGAUGGCUGCAUGAACGUUUCGAAAUCAAAGAUAAGAUGCUUAUAGAAUUUUAUGAGUCGCCAGAUCCAGAAAGAAGAAAAAGAUUUCCUGGGAAAAGUGUUAAUUCCAAAUUAAGUAUCAAGAAAACUUUACCAUCAAUGUUGAUCUUAAGUGGUUUGACUGCAGGCAUGCUUAUGACCGAUGCUGGAAGGAAGCUGUAUGUGAACACCUGGAUAUAUGGAACCCUACUUGGCUGCCUGUGGGUCACUAUUAAAGCAUAAACAAAUAGCUGUCUCCAGACAAUGGGAUGUGCUACAUUGUCUAUUUUUGGCGGCUGCACAUGACAUCAAAUUGUUUCCUGAAUUUAAUAAGGAGUGUAAAUAAAGCCUUGUUGGUUGAAGAUUGGAUAAAAUAGAAUUUGUGACGAAAGCUGAUAUGCAAUGGUCUUGGGCAGACAUACCUGGUUAAUACAACUUUAGCACCAGGGCUGCUGGAAGGGUAAAAGCUAAAUGGAGUUUCUCCUACUCUGUCCAUUUCCCAUGAACUAAUGACAACUUGAGAAGCUGGGAGGAUUGUGUAUUUUGUAAGUCAGAUGGCUGCAUUUUUGAGCAUUAAUUUGCAGCAUAUUUCACUUUCUCUGUUAUUUUCAGUUUAUUACAACCUGACAGCUCUAAGGUCUUAUUACUAAAGUAUUUAGUAUCUUGCAGCUAGCUAAUAUUUCAUCUUGUGCUUAUUUCUACAAGUCAGUGAAAUAAAUUGUAUUUAAGAAGUGUCAGGAUGUUCAAA